AUGGGGUGUCGUCAGAGCUCCGAGGAGAAGGAAGCCGCUCGCCGCUCACGGCGUAUUGACCGCCACCUGCGCUCCGAGAGCCAGCGGCAGCGGCGAGAGAUCAAGCUGCUGCUGCUGGGCACCAGUAACUCUGGGAAGAGUACCAUCGUCAAACAGAUGAAGAUCAUCCACAGCGGAGGCUUUAACCUGGACGCCUGUAAGGAGUACCGGCCCCUGAUCCUCUACAAUGCUAUUGACUCUCUGACCCGCAUCAUCCGUGCUCUGACUACUCUCAAAAUAGACUUCCAUAACGCGGACCGCGCCUAUGAUGCCGUACAGCUGUUUGCUCUGACCGGACCCGCCGAGAGCAAAGGCGAGAUCACGCCGGAGCUGCAGGGGGUCAUGAAGCGGCUUUGGGCGGACUCUGGCGUUCAGGAGUGCUUCCAACGCUCCAACGAGUACCAUUUGGAGGACAACACGGCCUACUACCUGAACGACCUGGACCGGAUCUCUGCGCUGGACUUCAUUCCCACAGUGGAGGACAUCUUGCGCUCCCGCGACAUGACUACGGGAAUUGUGGAGAACAAGUUCACCUUCAAGGAGCUGACCUUCAAGAUGGUGGACGUGGGUGGACAGCGCUCGGAGCGGAAGAAGUGGAUCCACUGUUUUGAAGGCGUCACAGCGAUCAUCUUCUGUGUCGAACUCAGCGGCUACGACCUCAAACUGUACGAGGACAACCAGACGAGCCGAAUGGCAGAGAGCCUGCGUCUGUUCGACUCCAUCUGCAACAACAACUGGUUCACCAACACGUCUCUGAUUCUGUUCCUCAACAAGAAGGACCUUCUGGCGGAGAAGAUCAAACGCAUCCCUCUGACCGUGUGCUUCCCCGAGUUCAAAGGUCAGAACACCUACGAGGAGGCGGCGGUCUACGUGCAGCGCCAGUUCGAGGACUUGAACCGCAACAAAGAAACAAAAGAGAUCUACUCCCACUUCACCUGCGCCACCGACACCAGCAACAUCCAGUUUGUGUUCGACGCCGUCACCGACGUCAUCAUCCAGAACAACCUCAAGUACAUCGGCCUGUGCUAG